ACCCCGAGCCUGUGCAGAGAACUUCGUCAGCUCAGAGUCCAGGGUCUGUACAACCACCUGGGAACAGCCAGAAUAUAAGAAGGAACCUGGAGGAGAAGUCUGGAAGUACUGGGCAUGGAGACUUGCACAGUGCCAAGCACCGAGGCUCCCGCUCCGCGUCUGAGGGUGCUGCCAGCCUGGAUCCGUGCAUCGUGUCCCCGGAGGUGACUGAGCUGAGCAAAUGCCCACAGGAAGCCAGGGGCCCAGAAGGUUCUCCACUGCCCUGCCCACCAGUGCCCUGGGAGCAGGAGUGCCCCUCUGCCUCCAUGCCCUUUGCCGAGGGCCCCCCGGAAGCUUGCUUGGCAAGCCCAGCAGCAGCACCUGAAGAUUGGCCCCUCAUACAACACCCCAGGAGGGAACCCUCCCCAGAUGCCCGUGGGGAGGCCCCAACGGUGUCUGUCCCUGAAGGGGGCAGUUCUACUCAGUGCAGCGUGGGUGCCGUCGUCCCCAGUGCUGGGCGAGGGAAUGACCUGGGGGAAGAAGGGCAUCCACUGUCUUCCUCCGGCUGCACUGACCAGUCGCCAGGGGUUUCACCAGCAUCUUCUCAAGCGCUGAUGCAGGGACAGCUGUGCAGGAAAGAUGGCCAGCACGAUGGUUUCGAGUCCCAAGGGGACGAGGCUGCAGGUGGCCUUCCCCUGGCAGAAUCCAGGCAGGGGGCGGCUUCUGUGCCAGGCAAGGCGAGCUCAUCUGGUCUGGAGGAGUCCCCCACAAAACCCGAGACCCCGACUCCACCCGAGCCAGCCCCCGGAGCCUCGGACAGGGACAAAUGCCAAGUGGAGGUGCCGCCUCAGGCUUUUGCAGAUGGCGCGGGAUUCCUCUGGGCCUGCCAUCCCCCUAGGAGCCCUGCAGGGGCUGCCCAAGAAGCUGACACAAAUUCCUGGGAAAGCUGCCAGCAGCCCAUGGGAGCACAUCUGGCACACAUCGAGCCGCCCAGGGAGUCACCGAGCCCUGCCCCGGUGCCCGGGGCUGGGGGCUCUGGGAAGGAGACCGUGGAUGCCCGAGAUACUCAGAGUCGCUUGCAAGCAGGGGGGCCGGGAAGCGAGCCCAGUGCAGCUGUCCGUGCUGCAGCGGGCACCCAGCCCGGAGGGGCUUUGCUUGAGAGCGCAGAGCCUUCCCCACGUGUGCGGAUGGAGGACACACGUCCAGCUUCAGGCUCCACUUCACCGCCAGCUGCUCAGGCCUCUGCUGCUGCAGAAGAAUCCAGCUGGUUGACCGGGGAGAUGGUUUCCAGGGCUGAGAUGCCAGUGCUUACGGAUCUGGCCAAAGAGUUAGCAGAUGCAGGCUUGGCAGGAUGGGACAAGCUCGCUUCUGAUCUCAGAAGGGAGGGAGAGGAUCUAGGAGGGAACCAUGGAGAGGGUCCUGCCCCUUUGCCCCAGGAGGACAGGGGAGAGGUCUCAAUGAGGGACCAGAAAGUCCAACAAGGGGUACUGCCCCCCGCCCCAACCAGUGUAUCAGAUGACAGGGCCAGAAGCUCACCAGAAUCAAAGAAUGAAGCCAAGGCCCCUGAAAGCCCAGCGGUGGCUGAGGAGGAGAGCAGACUGCCCGAGGCCAACUCUAGAAGGCAGGAAGAAGUCCUGGAGCCACUUGACCGUAGAGAUCCUGAGAAUCCGUGGGGAGAACAACCCGGGGCCUUAGGCUGUAAGUCCAGCCCAGAGAUGGAAAAAAAUGAGUUUUCAAAGCUAAGCCAUGAUGUGGAGAGCAAAGUGUAUUCUAGCACGGACUCAGCACAGCCACUCAGAAAGGAAGGCCCCGGGCACGCCGAUAGGCCUGGCUCUCCAUCAGAAGUUACGGUGUGGAGCUCGGUGACCUGUGAGAUGAUGGGUGAAGUCCAUGUGGUCCAUGCCUCUGGCUCACUGCAUGAGCUCCCCCAGAAGGAUCUUGUCCUGCCCGCUGGGCCGGAUGGAACUGGUGAACACAUUCUUCCCAAAGAAGCUGUCUGGGAGGGGCCAGGAUUGCAGACCCAGUGUCCCGACACACUGCAGGACGUGGGGGGAUUGGAAAGAAUGGACUAUCUUCCUGCUUUAGAAUCUGAGAAAUCAGAUUUCCUGUCAACUCCUGCGGCAGAGGUCAUCCCCAGAGCCCAGGCGGCGGAGAGCCCAUCUGACACAAAGAUGAGGAGCCGCCCAUCUGCGCAGAGGCCCAGCAGCUGUGCCGGGGAGGGCCUGCUGACAUCCCCGGGCCAACCUUGUGGGCUGGGGCGUGAGGCAGCUGGUCAGGAAGUCCAGGCUGAUGGGCCACAUCUCCCCAAGGGGGAGGACUUGGCCGCGGACAGUGGGCUGACGAUGGUCAGUCUGGAGCAAGAUCAGCAGGGAAGCCUGUCCUGCCGAGGGGACAGCUGGACACAAGGAACUGCUUCUGAGGGGCCCCCAGUAUCUCCUGAGAACCGUCUCCAGCCGUUGCAGUCAGAACCAGAAGCAUUCAUGUCUGACAUGCUCAGGGAGAAGCCCCAGCAGUGUGAAAAUGAGAAAGAGACUUAUCCAGGUGGUCUUCUAGGCUCUGAGAACCUAGAUGCAGAUGCUUCCCCAACCCGCCCAGCUGUGGAACCCUUGGCAGAUGUGUGCUUGCCCACUCAUGGGCCAGAGGACCCAGCUUCCAGAUCAGAACUGCGGGGGGAGCUCCCCAAAGGCAGUCUGUCUGAUGCUCCCAGGUUGGCUCCUGGGGCCAUGGUUCCAGAGAGCCCUGCGACAGAGCAGCCAGAGCUAUCAGCAGCAGGACCGGAGCUGUCUGCACGAGGGCAGAAUGAGCAAGAGGGAGCCUGCGGUGGCAGCCUGCCUUCCAGAGUCUCGCCGCCUGCAGCAGCCUCGGAAGACUCUCCUGCAGGUCACUUGAGCAGAGAGGAGCAUUGCUGUGCACAGCAGGGGCCCAACAAGUCCCAGCAGGAACUGGCAGGUGUGUUGCAAGCCAGUGGCUGGCAUGAGGAAGCAUGUCUCAGGGACGCAGAAGUUUCCGAAGCAGCUGACGCUCAGCCCCCGCUCCAGGGGUUGGGCAAGACAGAGAAGGCAAGUGGGAACACAGUGGGGACCCCACCUUGUACGCCUGACUCAGUCGCUCUCCUGGAUGCAGCCCACAGCCCGCCAGCCCCGGCGCUCGCCAGCCGUAGAGUCACACCCAGCCAGGAUGCCCCAGACAGAGAGGCGUAUGGGGAAGCGCAGGGAGGCAGGCAGCAACCUGUGCUGGCCCCACAGAAGGAAAUGGAGCACCCCCCUGCCUUGGAUGCAGAGGCCCCAAGGCUCCUUGGAAGUUUCCCAGCGGCCAAGAAUCAAGGUGCGGACGGCGGGGCUGCCGAGACCGGUGGGAGUGCCGAGGAAGGGGGCCUGGGGGUGCAGCGGUCUCUGGAGGGGCCUGCAGAAGCUGCUCUGAGCGACGGCUCCCUUCAGACCGAGCAGCAUGCCUCCUCUGGGAAGGAAGCUUCUACCUUUGCCCCGGGUGAGCCCUGCCCAGCAGAGCAGCUGUCGGCCAGCUGCCAGGAUGCCCUGCUACCAGCCGGAGAGCUGGGGGGGAUUCCCACGAGCCAGGUGGCUAUUUCUGCAGCCCAGGCUGUCCCCAACCCAAAGAGAGCCCUGCCACCUGGGCCACCAGAAGAGGCUGCUCCAGACACUCCUUACCUGCAUAUCGAUGGCGCUGUCAGAACAGGGGCAGCCCCUUGUCCCAUAGAAGAGCCCCCUGCGGCCUUGGGAAAUGCCACCUCCAUGAAGCUUUCUGCUGGCUUGCUUGCCCCUCUCUCACAACUGGGAGUGGCCAGUGGGGAGAUCUCUGGGGUGCAAGUGAGCAGUGGGAGCCCCAGAGCUGGAAACGUUGAGGGACCCGCAGACUCCAUCCCCUACCUGGACGGGGCACCGCUUCCGACCAAGCAUCAGCAGAUGACAGGGGAGGAGGAGGAGGAGGCAAGAGCGCCUAGUGCAGACACUGAGCCUGGUGGGAUGCCAGCACGCCCCGCCGGUGAGGAGAGCAUGGCAGGCGAGGCAACAAGGGAGCCGGAGGGCAGUGGGGAGAGGAUGGUAGACCCUUCCAAGGAUCUGAGGUGGGGUGCAUCAGGUGGUGUGGACGCAGGCUCCAAGCAGAUUGGCAUGAUCACCGAGUUCCCUGACUUCAGGGAGCACAUCACCAAGAUCUUUGAGAAGUCCGUGCUCAGAGCCCUGACCGUUGAUGGGCCCCAGAGUGCAGCGGGAGAAAAGCCAGGAGCCGUCGGAAGCGUGAGGGGCGAGGACCUCGCGGGGCCACACCCAGAGAAUCCUCCAGAUGGGGCUCAAGGACUGGCCAUCGCCCCUCUCCCCGCCCUUCCUGCUGGACACGGGGUGGCUGCAACGAAGAAGCAAGAGUUGCCUACAGAGGCCGAGCCCCCCUGUCUGGUUGCCCAGGAGCCCGCUCCAGGAAGGCUGCCGGCUCCGGCGGCGCCAGCCGCAGACCUGAACCUGCCAGGAGCUGGUGUAGGGAAGGCAAUGACCGGGGUCCCACAGGCCGUGCAGGACAGUGAGAAGCCAGAGCGGGCUGGGGAGGCCGGGCUGGGGCUUGGAGGCCAGGCCCCCUCACCGCAGGGUGGGGGCCAGCAGGAACUAGCCUCAGGGCCUUCCCUGCCCGCAGCCGGUCCGGAGACUCCCGUGGAAAAAGCCGCUGACUUCCAGGUGGAGCCCCAGGGCCACCGAGAAGGGGCCGUGAUUCCAGAAGACAGAAUUCCUCCUGGAAUAUACUCCCAGGAAACAUCCACCGGUGACGGUCAACCUGGAGAGGAUGCUGCCCAGGGCUUUGCUCACACAGGGGGGCCGAGUGACUUGCCAGUAUCCACCGCGGCCCUGGGAGCAGCUUCUCCCCAUGGGAGUGUUUUGACUGUGGCCGAGGCCAUCCGUGAGCCCUGGACCCCUGACACCCUUGGGGGUGAGCAGAGGUGUGGAGGUGGCGCUGGGAUCUCCGAAACACAAAAUGCCCUGGGCAAGCCCUGUGCUCCCGAGCUCUGGGCUGUGGAAGUAGCAGCCACCCCCCCGGAGACUGGCUCGGGGGCAGGAGCUGCUGGGGAAGCAGCGGGUGACGUCACUUCGAGCACAGCUGAGACCGGGGCACGUGUGUCUGGUGACCCGCCCGAGACAGGUACUACGAGGAUGUUCUCUGGCGCUGCUCAGGGGCUGCUGGGGACCCGUGAGGACUCGGGCUGCUCUGCUGGGACCCCAGGCCCAGAGGACGCAGCCACUGUGCGAGGGGCCAGCCCGGCCGCGCACCAGCUGCCUGAGGAACAGCCUGGGCCUCAGCCCCCCGCUCCUGCUGGGGGCGGGAAGCUGCCAGUCUCUUCACCUCCGGAACCUGCCGAGCCUCGGGACCCGAAGCCCCAAACCCCGGCUCCAGGAGAGCUCCCUGCUGAAAGAAGAAGCCCUGGGCCGGGUGCAUCCACUUUACCUUCAGCUCCUGAGAAGGACGCUCCACAUGCCCCAGGCCAGGUCAUCUCCCACGAGGCCGGAAGUGUGGGAGGAGCAGAAAGGUCACAUGUAGCAGAUGAUGUCAUCCAGCCAGCUGCCCUUGAGGACCCGGAAGACCCACUGUUAGCUGCCUCUUCACACCAUGGUGACGCCAUUAGCCAGGUCUCCAGGGAUCUGACAGCCCAGAGCACCUCCCCAGCUGCCACCCGUGCCGCUCUCGUUGCCCGAGCCUCUGAACAUGUGUCUUUACUUCCUGCCCCAGCUGGUGAUGGAGUAGAAGCUUCUGUUCUCUCCCACCAGGGUCUGCCCAAGGACUUAAGCAGGAGUUCUGACUCUGAAGAAGCAUUUGAGACCCCCGAGUCGACGACUCCUGUCAAAGCUCCACCAGCCCCACCCCCGCCACCCCCCGAAGUCACUCCAGAGCCUGAGAUCAGCACACAGCCUCCCCUGGAAGAACCAGGUAACCAAGGCUGCGGUGCUGAGCCGGCCUCUGUCCCUGAUGGCCCACGCAGCAGCUCGGUGGAAGGUAGCCCCUUCCGCCCCCCGUCACACUCCUUCUCUGCCGUCUUCGAUGAAGACAAGCCUAUAGCCAGCAGCGGGACUUACAACUUAGACUUUGACAGCAUCGAGCUGGUGGAUGAUUUCCAGACCUUGGAGCCCCGCUGCUCAGACUCUAAGAGUCAGGAAUGCAAAGUGAACACGCGGAGGAAAUCCACGGAUUCUGUGCCCGUCUCCAAGUCCACGCUGUCCCGCUCUCUCAGCCUGCAAGCCAGUGACUUUGAUGGUGCUUCCCGCUCAGGCAAUCCCGAGGCCGUGGCUCCGGCCGCAGAUGCGUACAGCACGGGUUCAAGCAGUGCUUCCAGUACCCUUAAGCGAACUAAAAAACCAAGGCCACCUUCCUUAAAAAAGAAGCAAACCACUAAGAAACCCACCGAAACCCCCCCCGUGAAAGAGACACAACAGAAGCCGCUGGAAGAGAAUCCUGUCUCCACUGAGGAGAAUCGCGCGUUCGAGACAAAACCUGAAUUGGCCAAGACGGAAGGUUCUGUACCAGCCCUCCUGGAGGAGGCGCCCCUGGAAGCCACUGCUCUGCCCGAGGCCGCCUGCCCUCUGGACCUCGAGGCCGCCGAAGGGGCCAUCCCCCCAGCUUCUGGAAGUGGCAGAGUGCAGAACUCCCCCCCGGUUGGAAGGAAAACCUGGCCUCUUGCCACGGCUCCAGAGGCGGUGGAGGUGACCCCAUCAGAUAGUGGGGGGCAGGAGGACUCCCCAGUCAAAGGGCUCCCGGUGAGGCUGGAGUUUGACUAUUCUGAGGACAAGGGUAGUUGGGACACCCAGCAGGAAAACCCCCCUCCUACCAAAAAGCUGGGCAAAAAGCCGGUUGCCAAAAUGCCCCUAAGGAGGCCAAAGAUGAAAAAAAACCCCGAGAAACUCGACAACACUCCUGCCUCGCCAACCAGAUCCCCCGAUGAGCCCAAUGACAUCCCUAUUGCUAAAGGUACCUACACCUUUGAUAUUGACAAGUGGGAUGACCCCAAUUUUAACCCUUUUUCUUCCACCUCCAAAAUGCAAGACUCCCCCAGACUGCCCCAACAGUCCUACAACUUUGACCCAGACGCCUGUGAUGAAUCCGUUGACCCUUUCAAGACGUCCUCGAAAACCCCCAGCUCGCCUUCUAAAUCACCAGCCUCCUUUGAGAUCCCAGCCAGUGCCAUCGAAGCCAAUGGAGUGGACGGGGAUGGGCUGAACAAGCCCGCCAAGAAGAAGAAGACGCCCCUAAAGACUGACACAUUUAGGGUGAAAAGGUCGCCAAAACGGUCUCCUCUCUCUGAUCCACCUUCUCAGGACUCCACGCCAGCAGCGACACCAGAAACACCGGUCAUCUCCGCGGUGGUCCACGCCACCGAUGAGGAAAAGCUGGCGGUCACCAACCAGAAGUGGACGUGUGUGACGGUGGACCUGGAGGCUGACAAACAGGACUACCCGCAGCCCUCGGACCUGUCCACCUUCGUCAGUGACACCAAAUUCAACUCACCCACGGAGGAGUUGGAUUACAGAAGCUCCUAUGAAAUUGAAUAUAUGGAGAAAAUCGGCUCCUCCUUACCUCAGGACGAUGACCCCCCGAAGAAGCAGGCCCUGUACCUUAUGUUUGACACGUCUCAGGAGAGCCCGGUCAAGUCUCCCCCAGUCCGGACGUCCGAGUCCCCGACGCCGUGUUCAGGGUCAAGUUUUGAGGAAGCCGAAGCCCUUGUAAACACUGGGGCAAAGAUCCAGCAUCCUGUCACACGAGGACUGGCUCCCAACCAAGAGCCACACUUGCAGGUGCCGGAGAAAUCCUCCCAGAAGGAGCUGGAGGCCAUGACCUUGGGUACUGCUUCAGACGCAAUUGAAAUUACAGCUCCUGAGGGCUCCUUUGCCUCUGCUGACGCCCUCCUCAGCAGGCUAGCUCAUCCAGCCUCUCUCUGUGGCACGCUUGACUAUCUGGAACCCGACUUAGCAGAAAAGAACCCCCCAGUAUUUGCCCAGAAACUUCAGGAGGAGUUAGAAUUUGCCGUCAUGCGGAUAGAAGCCCUGAAGCUAGCCAGGCAGAUUGCUCUGGCUUCCCGUAGCCGCCAAGACACCAAGAGAGAAGCGGCCCACCCAACAGAUGUCUCCAUCUCCAAAACAGCCUUGUACUCCCGCAUCGGGACGGCCGAGGUGGAGAAGCCCGCGGGCCUUCUGUUCCAGCAGCCCGACCUGGACUCCGCUCUCCGGAUCGCCAGAGCGGAGAUCAUAACCAAGGAGAGAGAGGUCUCAGAGUGGAAGGACAAAUAUGAAGAAAGCAGGCGGGAAGUGAUGGAAAUGAGGAAAAUAGUGGCGGAGUAUGAGAAGACCAUCGCUCAGAUGAUAGAGGACGAGCAGAGGGAGAAGUCCGUCUCCCACCAGACCGUCCAGCAGCUGGUCCUAGAGAAGGAGCAAGCCCUGGCUGACCUGAACUCCGUGGAGAAAUCUCUGGCUGAUCUCUUCAGGAGAUACGAGAAGAUGAAGGAGGUCCUUGAGGGUUUCCGGAAGAAUGAAGAGGUAUUGAAGAAGUGUGCACAGGAGUACCUGUCGCGGGUCAAGAAAGAGGAGCAGAGGUACCAGGCCCUGAAGGUGCACGCGGAGGAGAAGCUGGACAGGGCCAACGCUGAGAUCGCGCAGGUCCGAGGCAAGGCCCAGCAGGAGCAGGCUGCCUACCAGGCCAGUCUGCGGAAGGAGCAGCUUCGCGUGGACGCUUUGGAGAGGACGCUGGAGCAGAAGAAUAAAGAGAUAGAAGAACUCACCAAGAUUUGUGAUGAACUGAUUGCCAAAAUGGGGAAAAGCUAACUUUGAACCAAAUGUUUGGACUUGACCGUUGCGUGCAAUAUGACGUCGGCUCACUGCUGUCCUUCCGGUGACGUGGACAGGUUCUGUUUUCACUUUUUCGUAUGCACUACUGUAUUUCCUUUCUAAAGAACGUUGAUUUGAUUGUAUGCAGUACUAAGGAGACUAUCAGAAUUUCUUGCUAUUGGUUUGCAUUUUCGUAGUAUAAAUUCAUAGCAAGUUGACCUCAGAGUUCCUGUAUCAGGGAGAUUGUCUGAUUCUCUAAUAAAGACAAAUCGCUGACCUUGGCCUUGCCCUUUGUACAUGAGUUCCCAGGGUGAGCGGCUUUUGGAUUUAAUAUGAACAUAUACAGCUUGCACAGGGACUCUUGCCUUAAGGAGUGUAAACUUGAUCUGCAUUUGCUGAUUUGUUUUAAAAAAAAAUGCAUGUUUCGAAUAAAAUUCUCUAUUGUAAAUAAAUUUUUUUCUUUGGAUCUUG